AUGAGAAGCUGCAAGAUGGUCCGGGUGGUGAGUGUUCUGGGUCUAGUGAUGCUCAGCGUCGCUCUGUUGAUUUUGUCCUUCAUCAGCUACGUGUCUCUGAAAAAAGAUAAUAUCUUCACUACUCCCAAGUACGCCAACACGGGGCUGCCAAGAAUGUACAUGUUCCACACUGGAUUUAGGUCCCAGUUUGCACUGAAGUUCCUUGACCCUUCAUUUGUACCCAAUACAAACACCUUGAACCAUGACUUGCAGGAUAAAGCUCCCAAAUGGACAUUCAACAGAACAGCAUUUUUGCAGCAAAGGCGAGAAAUUCUUCAGCAUGUUGAUGUGAUAAAAAAUUUUUCCUUGACAAAGAAUAUGGUUCGGAUUGGACAGCUGAUGCAUUAUGAUUAUUCUAGCCAUAAAUAUGUCUUCUCCAUUAGCAAUAGCUUCCACUUGCUGCUUCCAGAUGUCUCACCUGUUCAGAACAAGCACUAUAAUAUUUGUGCCGUCGUUGGAAAUAGUGGCAUCCUUGUGGGCAGCCAGUGCGGGCAGGAAAUAGAUAAAUAUGAUUUUGUUUUUCGGUGCAAUUUUGCUCCAACUGAGGCAUUCCACAAAGAUGUUGGAAGGAAAACUAACAUCACCACCUUCAACCCAAGCAUUCUGGAGAAAUACUACAACAAUCUUUUGACCAUUCAAGAUCGCAAUAACUUUUUCCUAAGCUUAAAAAAGCUUGAUGGCGCCAUUCUCUGGAUCCCAGCCUUUUUCUUCCAUACUUCAGCAACCAUUACAAGAACAUUGGUUGACUUCUUUAUUGAGCAUCGAGGGCAGUUAAAAGUCCAGUUGGCUUGGCCAGGAAAUAUAAUGCAACAUGUCAACAGGUAUUGGAAAAACAAACACUUGGCCCCCAAGCGACUCAGCACAGGUAUCCUCAUGUAUACGCUCGCAUCAGCAAUUUGCGACGAAAUCCACCUGUAUGGAUUCUGGCCGUUUGGAUUUAAUCCUAACAACCGAGAAGACCUUCCGUACCAUUACUAUGAUAAAAAAGGAACAAAGUUUACCACCAAGUGGCAAGAGUCUCAUCAGCUACCUGCUGAAUUCCAGCAACUCUUUCGAAUGCACAGCGAAGGUCUAGCAAAGCUGACUCUGUCCCAUUGUGCCUAA